GAAAUUAAUACACCACAGCUUGAAAUUAUAAUGUUGAUUAUGGAAAAUAAAAGCUCUCUACUGCUAGGGUUUUUAGUGCUUCUAAUAAUUGGCUCAGCUAAUCUCACUGAGUCAAAGAAAGAAAUAAUUCCAGUUCUGAAGUUUGAUAGUAGUUAUUUUCCAGAGGGAUUUUACUGGGGAGUGGCUACUUCAGCUUAUCAGAUCGAAGGCCACUCAAACAAAAGUGGAAGAGGACCUAGUAUCUGGGAUACAUUUGUUCAUGAGUAUCCAGAAAGAAUUGAUGAUCGCAGCAAUGCAGAUGUUACUGUGGAUUUCUACAAUCACUACCAAGAUGAUUUUAAAAGAAUGAGCAAGCAACUGGGUAUGAAUGCCUACCGAUUUUCCAUUUCAUGGACAAGAGUCAUACCUAGUGGAAGAAUACGUGAAGGGAUAAAUGAAGAAGGAAUUGAAUUUUACAACAAAAUUAUUGAUGAAUCUAUCAAAAAUGGCUUGACUCCUUUUGGAACUAUUUUUCACUGGGAUGUUCCUCAAGCCCUUGAAGACAAAUAUGGCGGUUUCAGAAGCCGUAACAUAGUGGCUGAUUACAAGGAUUUUGCUGAACUUUGUUUUCAAAAAUUUGGAGACCGAGUGAAACAUUGGAUUACAUUGAAUGAACCCUUUGUGUUCGAUACACAUGGUUAUGAACUCGGUGGUUUAGCACCAGGGCGAUGCUCACAUUGGGUGAAUAGGGCAUGCCAAGCCGGAGAUUCGGGAACUGAACCUUAUAUAGUUGGCUAUCAUCUGCUCCUUGCUCAUGCAGCAGCUGUUCAUUUAUACAGACAAAAGUAUAACAAUGGUAAGAUCGGAAUUACAUUAGAUUUAACUUGGUCUGAGCCUAUUUCGGACAGCCCUGAUGAUAUUGCAGCAUCCCAACGGAGCCUUGAUUUCUUGUUCGGCUGGUGGUUGGAUCCCAUAGUGUAUGGUCAUUACCCAAGGACAAUGCAGACUCUAGUUGGAGAUCGAUUGCCAAAAUUCACCAAGGAAGAAAUUGAUUUGGUGAAGGGAUCAUAUGACUUUUUUGGCAUAAACUCCUACACUUCAAAUUUUGCUUCUGCCAAUUUUACUGCCGACCCUGAUCCGACUCAUCUUCGAUACGCAACCGAUAGUGCUGUUACUUUGACAAAGUUUAAAGAUGGCAAACCCAUUGGUCAACAGGCUUCUCCAUCGUGGUUAUACUUCUGGCCGGAAGGAAUCCGACGUAUUUUGAACUAUACCAAAGUUGCAUAUCGAAACCCAGUAAUCUAUGUUACGGAAAAUGGAGUUGGUGAUCCCUUAGGUCUUUCUUCUGAGAAUUCUCGCAAGGAUUUAUGGAGGAUAAAAUACCAUGAAGAACAUCUUUUGGAAAUACUUAAAGCCAUCUGUGUGGACGGUGUUAAUGUGCAAGGUUACUUUGCUUGGUCAUUUAUCGAUAACUUCGAAUGGUCGAAUGGUUUUACCGUAUCGAUGGGUUUGUAUGGCGUGGACCACGAAGAUAACCUUUCGCGACGCCCGAAACUUUCGGUUUCUUGGUUCAAUGAGUUCUUGAAACUGAAGGGACAAAAAGGCGGACCCAAAUGUGAUAUCCCAAAGCUUGAUGAGGAGGAUUCUCUAGAAGAUGAUUCUGAGCUAUAGAUUAUGCUAGCUUGAGUCAUUAGGUCUAUGUCUCGUCUCUGUAAUCUGAGCCCAAAAUAAAAUAAGUUAUGAUUGAAUGGGACUCGUUUUAUUAAAUAAAUUGCAUCAUUUUGAGUA